AGAUGGCCACGCUGGAUCAAUGAAACGCGAGAAAUCGUAGUAAAAACAGAAAUUGACAAGUGCGCGGUCGAAUAUCGAGGACCGAUCACGGUGUAAAUGGAACAUGGGGAAGGAACAUGAGCUGCUCGAGGCAGCGAGGAACGGAAACGUCACCGUGGUCGAAAAAAUACUCGUACAAAGAGCCAAGAGGAGUGGUCCACUGGCAAGUUUACGGCGGGGKCCGGGUGCUAACGUACAAGAUGCCAGUGGAUAUACGGCCCUUCAUCAUGCAGCACUCAAUGGUCGUCGUGAAAUAGUGAAGUUAUUGCUCCAAUAUGAGGCUUCCACAAACGUCGUAGAUGCUAAAGGAUCUUCGCCACUUCAUUUGGCAGCUUGGAAAGGUGAUACUGAAAUCGUGCGAUUAAUUCUUAGGCAAGGACCUUCGGUACCUAAAGUUAAUCUAGCGACAAAGGACAAUGAGACGGCCUUGCAUUGUGCCGCACAAUAUGGACACACGGAAAUAGUGGCGCAGCUGUUGGACUACGGAUGCGACGCAAGUAUCCGCAACAGCCGCGGAGAAUCUGCUCUCGACCUCGCAGCGCAAUAUGGCAGAUUGGAGACAGUGGAAUUACUCGUGCGAACCCAUCCAGAAUUGAUUGAAUCUUUACGAAAUUCUUCCUCGUCUUUGAUCUUCCCACACACUCCGUUGCAUUUAGCAUCACGUAAUGGACAUAGGGCCGUUGUGGAAGUUCUGCUUGCUGCGGGAGUGGACGUCAACACAAGAACGUCUGCUGGCACAGCGAUGCACGAGGCGGCACUUUGCGGUAAGAUGGAGGUUGUCCGAGCGCUUCUGGACAGAGGCGUGGAUUUGGGAAUCAGGGACUCUCGUCAAAACACCGUUCUGGACCUUUUGGGACAAUUUCCGCCACACGUCACCCAAGAUAUUACAGCUGUAAUAAAAAGGCACAGGUCCUCUUCCGGAGUGGAAAGCGAUGCCGACAGUGAGAACUUGCCACCGAUUCCGGUUCAGGGUGGCGACUCAUUGGGCAGCCCCUACGAAAACGUACGCCCAGGGGAUGAUCUUUCUCCGGCGGAAGAGACGUCGCCCACCCAAUGGCAGUUCUAUCAUAAGCCUCGGGACGAUGAUCGUCGUGUUUCCGGAACUUCCGUUAUUUCUUUUGAAGAUGAGCAGAAUAGGGGACCAGUGAAUGGAGUACGGAGGACUCUCCCGCAGACAGAGGAUUACUCCGACCCCAGUUCAAUCUUCGACAGUGUUCUCAUGUCUAUGUCUGACACUCUCAACUCCAUAAAUACUCUUGAAAGUUCUGACCAAACACCGGAAGACAAAGCACAAAACACUAUCAUCUCUUCUAGAACACCGUUACAACCACGCGACACGACAGGGGGUUCGGAUAGUGGAUUGUAUCAAACACCACCUGUACCAAGAGGAACCAUGGAGGGUAGCUUCGUGUCGGAGGAUCUGUCCUUGACAUUGCCCACAGGAUACGGUGGUAACAGGGAGUCCGAUCAAUUGAGCGUUUCCUCGUCCUCCAGCGUUGGUGGACCAAGCCCACGGGAACGACGAUGUUUACCCAACGAUUCUGGUGUCCCUGGGAUUUACUUACCAAUGGCGCCCCUGUCCAGCUCACUUCAUAGCCCUGCCUCUAACAGCAAAGUCUCGCCAACACCACCGAAGAAACCACCGAGGCGUAACCUAUCGGUUUCGCCAACGCACCUGCAGACUCAAAUGUCACUUUCGGCGGACUGUUCGUUGGGUCCGAGUAACUACGAGUACUUGUUCUUGGCGCGUAGCGGUGCGCGUAGUCACAUAGAUCUCGAGCAGCUACAAAAACGUCGUGAGCAAUUACGACACGUGACGAGAAGCGUUGACCAAUACGUAGAGAUGAAGUCUCGUUUCGUGCCGUCCAUGGAAAGUGGUACCAAUCGACGAGAGGGAAUACCGGUAGCGACAGCAACGACAACAUCAAAUACCAACGUAGAACCAAUAGCGAUAACGUCAAUUUACGAGAAUCGUCCAAUAAAAAUGUUAAAUCCAAGAAGGAAACUUCGUAGACACGCUUACGAAGGCUAUGAACUUGAUAACAACGGUCCUUGCGUCGAUAAAUCGCCAUGCAGUGAAAACGACUCGAUACACCAAGAACAAACCUUCGUCUCAAACGCUUUUCUCACCUUGAAGUCUUCCCAAGAGAGCUUGCUAGACGAAAAACGAGAGAUUCCAGAGGGUGGGUUUACAAUAAUGGUUCAGGAUGGUAGAGAGGCCACGGAUAAGAGACUCAGGCGUGUUCAAAUGAUGUUCCCCACGAGCCCAACUCAUUACGUUCAACCACCGACUCCCGAUCAUCCGCCACCUUCCGCCAUGCAAGCUGAAAAGUCGAUUCAUGAACGUAUUCGUCCGUUGAGCCAGGUAUACAAAAGAAGAUCUCGCGACAUGGAAACGGAAACUGACGAGGAUUUGCUACAGUUUCCAGCAAGCGGUUCUCUAGAUGCAUCCAGCGGAUCUUUAUCGAGCGUUUCUCUUUCGGACAAGAGCAUGUCUACCGACAACGUUGAGGAAUACUUCGGAGACGUGCCCUUCGCAGGUUUGUUAAAGGGUUCCGUCACGGCGGAGCGGCCGCGUACAUUGCGCCGCUUGCGGAACGUUUACGGACAAUCUGCAUGCGGAAUAGGAACCGGCGGGGAGGGUGGCGGAGGUGGUGGUGGAGAACGUCCAGAAGACGACGAAGUAAAUUUCCGAUUAUCGGAUAGGGAUCGUGAAAGAGACGAAAAAUCACUUAGCAUUAUGAGUCCGUUCGAUGAACAAGAAGAAUGGGCUAAAAUUUCUGAGAUUAUGGCAUCUUUCGGCACGGGACUCGUUCGAGAAUCGGUUUUCGUCACUGAACUUGAAAAAGAAUUCCAAACGAGAUUAGGUUUAAGUUCUGAUACCAGCAGCAGUCCUAUUGUUUCCACGUCGGUCGGUCAAUGGUUAGCAAGUUUAGGACUCGCUGAUUACGAAUCUCUUUUCAUAGACUACGGUUUCGAUGACCUCGAGUUUAUAAAUGGAGUUUUGGACGAGUCCGACUUGAGAGACAUGGGAAUCAAUAGCGAUCAAGAACGUGCGAUAAUCAUGGACGCUGCUGGUUUGUUGAAUAAACGCGUAGAGAAACGUCUUGGUAAUCACUGUCAAAGUGUGGACGAAUGGCUGAAAAGCAUUCACAUGGAGAACUAUAUGGAAACCUUUAGAAAACAUCUUUACACUGACAUGGAUCGUGUUAGUCGCAUUUGGGAAGUCGAGUUGGCAGCAGUAUUGGAAAUUCAAAAGCCGGCACAUCGAAAACGAAUUUUGGCUUCGGUCAGUGGACCGAAUCCUCGACCUCAAACGCGAAAUGGCACUGGUCCUAACCUGGAGGAUCUCAAUAAGGAUCUAAACACUUUGAAAACAAACAUACAACAACUGAAGGAGGAAAUACGAGAAAAAUUGCCGGAAACAACGGGGGAAAGUAACGGGGGUAGUGUUCCAGUAACCGUGCCAAAUUCUACGAACACGGGUACACUUAGGCAUCGCAAAAACAGACCAGCACCACAACCACCUCAGCGACCAAGUUCACACAAUGGUGCAAUUACUGCUCCUGAACAGCUCGAAAUCAGAGCACCUUCGGAACUAUUAUUUGGUGUACCAUCUACCUUGAAAACGCAAUGGAGGCAUCAACCCAAGGCUCUAGUCACUGGUUGCGUCACUUACGUCGCCAACUACCUGGGCUCCACCGUCGUGAAAGAGUUAAGAGGCACCGAGUCGACCAAGAAAUCUAUUCAGAAACUCAAGAAGACUUGUCGUGACACCAGAGUCACGCCUGACAUAACCCUUGCUAUCUCUUAUCGAGGCGUUCGCUUUCUGAAUACAUUGACCAAUGAGCCAAUAUGCGAACAUGAGAUACGCAACAUUCACUGUGCUUGUCAGGAUGCCGACGAUCUCACACAUUUUGCCUACAUCACCAAGGAUCACGCGAGUCGCACGCAUUUCUGUCACGUAUUCUGCGUGCCAACAAUGGACCAAGCAACCGAAGUCAUCCUAACACUGGGCCAAGCAUUCGAGGUAGCUUAUCAGAUGGCAUUGAGAGACAAGUUAGGGGGACACGCUGUGCGUUCUCAAUCGGCUAAUCAGUUAGUUUCGCUCACUGGCACAACUAAAUCCAGUGGGAUAAUGGCAAAGACAUCCUCUCCCGAUUCAACUAUUGAACAGGUCCGAGAAAGCGAUCAUGAGAUCACUGCAACCAUUCCAAGUAAUCACAAUUCAACAUCGAAUCUCAAAGCAAAGUCACGAUCCAAGUCCAUUCCUAAUCCCAACGGUCAUUCCGUGAGCACCUCGCAAGAAACGAACUCCAGUUCCAGUUCUGGUUCGAACGUAACAGCCAACUGUACGAAUUCAGCGUCGAGUCCCAGCUCGAAUUCAGCUGCUAGCUCGCAUUCGAAUACCAGUACCAACCAAACUACCGCAAAAUCUCUAUUAACUCAUGGUCGUUCUCAUUCCGUAAACGAUAUCAAAGUGAACGGGAAUCAACUGAAGUUAGCACCUCCGGUACCGGUAGACGACAUAGGAGUCGGUGUCAAAGAUAUGAAACCUGGUUCUCGAGCACCAAUAGCUCUAUCCGAGGAACUUUAAACUAUUUUCUUCGGAUUAAUUGGAUUUUAAUUGGGUAUACGUAUUUUUAGAUUCGAUAAUCGUUCGUCAUUUCGAUCGGUCUCGGACUUAUAAUAUUAUUUUUGGCCUACUAUCGAGAAUUCAUCGAUCGUUCACUCGUUCAACGAUGUACGAGCAUUCCCUCGCGUUUGUUUAGCGAUUUUUCGCUUUAUUGUUUUUCUUAUUAAGAUUACAGUAAUGUCGAAUAAUUGCUAUCGAAAGUUAAAUCAAUGUUAAAUAAUCGUUUGGAAUUUUGCUCGAACCUAGUCACACUAAGUAAAAUGCAAUCGGAAGAACGUGAAUAUUUCUUUAGAAUUAAUAACGAACCAUCGAUUGAACUUCGAAGAUACGAAGAUCCCGUUGGUGAUAAUACCGUUUUAUCAACCUGUUUAAUUUCUAGUUUCUGUACAACAUAACUUAGAUAUGUACAUUCUGGCAGGAUAACAUCGUGCACUUUUCAACUACUAUUAAACGUAUGUACAUUCAUAUGGUCUUGAAAAUACGCGAAGGUAAGUAACGUAUAUUAUUUCUUCAAUGACGAAAUACUCUGUGAUUUUAAUGACGCACACAUUGAUCAAUCGGUUAAGUUCGCCAAGAUUUUUUCAAAAUUUGCAAUUAUAAUUUUUAAUAUUAUAUUGAUCGUCAUAAUUCGAUAAUAAUGACCAUUUAAAUAUAUAUAUAUUUUAUUCUUUGAAGAUAAUCGAAUUACGCGACAAUCGUUAUAAAAAAUACGAAUCUUUUUGAGUAUUCGCAUAAAUUGUGUCCGAAAGUAUAUUUAUUCGGUGAAAAGAAAUACAUUCAAUUAAUUGCUAUUAUGGAAAUUUGUAAGAUUUUAAACGCGUGCGUUAAUAUUUUCUAAUACUAUCGUAUUAACGAUCAUUCGUAAUUAAUUUUAAACGUAUUCGCGUAUUUUGAGCAUAUCUUCUUACGUAUUCUUAUAUGAGUAAUAAUAUAAAAAAAAAAAGAAAAUGAAUUACAUAUGUGCGUCAUAUUAUCCCAACGAAAGACCAUUUUAUUAAGUUCGAGUCGAUUUAUCUGUCACAUUCCCAUUGAAAAAAAAAUGGAAGGGAAAAAGGAACAAGAAACUUAGUGUAUCAUGACCCACGUCACACAACAUAAACACAUAUUACACGGAUAUCGCUUCAUCAACCCUUCCACAAUUAAUUAUUAACAAUGACUGAGAUUCUGAGGCUGAAAAAAAAAGAAACCAAUCUUUUUCCGUCAAUCGAAAAAGAUUGGACGCGAAAGCUGCGUGACGUUCGAUCACCACAUUUCUCUGAAUAAUUUUUAAUAAUUUUUUUGUUAUUUAUUUUUUUCAAAUUUUUCUCCAAUUUUCCAUUCAAAGUGGCCACUGUUUUUUCGACGUUUCAUUAUUCAAGACUGAGAGUCCUUAUCUCGUUUGAUACUUCGCGUUAAGCAUAAUAUUAUUAUAAUGAUUAUAUAUAUAUACGUAUAGAUAACAGUAGCUGUAUUUAUUGUGUAUUAACUAAUCCGACGAACCUCGCGAUUAAAUGACGAUGCUUUAGCAAAAAAAAAAACGCGAAAAAAUAAAAUAUAGAAAUAUAUAAAUCUAUAUAUAUAUUAUAGAUGAUAUAGUUAUGUAUGCAUAUGUAUAUACACUAUAUAUGUAUACAUAAUUAUAUCUUUAUUAAAUUAUAUUAAUACUCCUUAGAAAAUGAUUGACGAACGAGCGCAAAAAAAGAAAAGAAGAAAAGGAAACAAGAUAUAGAAGACACGAUGAUGAGAAAAAUUUUUGUUCGAAUGCAGCUAUGGAUCAAAAAUUCUUAUAAAAGAUAGACGAUCUUAAAAAGGAGCGAUAAAGGAUACGAUCAAAUCGAUGCUAAAUAAGAUAAUAAUAACGUAUUACAUGUAGGAGGAGGAGCUGGAGGGGGGGGGCAUUGAUAAUCGUUUUGUCAGGAUAUAUAUUUUUUGUUCUUUCCGCAAGCGAGCCUAAAAAGAACCUCAUAGAUAUUCCUGAGACUGUAGUAAUACUCGAAUGUGAUUACGAUUUGUUCUAAAGAAUGAACAAUGAAAAAUAUAAAGAAGGGGAUAUGAUCAAGAAACUAUAGAGUUACGAUUAUAUAAUAAAAGAAAAAAAAGGUUCGAAAAAAAAUAAUGAAACCUCUUUACAAACCGAAAUUCAUUUUCAUUUUGUAUAUCACAUUGAAUUCGAAAGUUUCACUAUAAUGUAAAAUAAAUUCUUCAUCUGGCACACAAUUAUCAUUCGUUAUUAUUUUAAUUGUUUUCUUAAUUGAGAUAUUAUUUUUAAAGAUAAUGAGAAGAGAUUUUAAAAAUAAGAAUCUUCUAUUCUCGAUUUGUAAAGGGUUGAAACGUAAACGCGUUCAUUUAUACGUAUAUACAUGUGUAUAAAUGACAAAAAAAGGAAUUACUAAACGUCGAACAACGAACCAAUAGUAGCUUUGUACGUUUCUUUCUCAUUCUUUUGUAAAACCAAAGAAGCACGUAUAUUCACACGUGCGCUUCUAAUUCGACGAUGGAAAACGAUUUUUGUUGAAAAUAUUCGAAAGGAGAGCCUUUCAAAGAGUGCUUUCUUUUUUCUUUCAUUUUUUUUCUCUUUUUUGUUUUUUUUUUUGUUUUUGAAUCGGUUCGAACCUCGGAGGGAAUUCCGUUCAAACGUUUUUCAUCUUCGUCGUAGAUAUACUGCACAAACGCAGGUAUACAUACGUACGCGAAUACAUAGACAAGAAUACUUAUACACAAAUACACACAUACACACACAUACAGAUAUAUACAUAUAUCAUAUCCCACUCAAAGAGGAUGGAGAACGUAUUUUGGUAGAAGAGAAGAAAACCAAAUUUGCGUGUCGAAGUCAUUGAUGUUGAUUCACUAUUUCCUUUAGAAAUAAAAACCAAAAUAAAAUAGAAAAAAAAAAAAACGGAAAAAAUGAGAAAAAAAAAAAGGAAAAGAAAGAAAAUAGAACAAAGAGGAAGAAAAAUUGAUGGACGAGUAAAAACUAAAGAUAACGAGGGAGAGAAACCUUAAACUGCCAAAAAAGAUACACCAGAAGCAUCUCGUGGCUAUACGCACAUACUUUGUAUUUAUCGUGUUUACAAAUGUUAGGUAAUUACUCCAUAUAGAAAUUAACACGUAAGAUUUACUCGUGUUCUCGUUUAUCAAUGAAAUAAACAACUUGAGAAAGUAAGAUCGCGUUAAAAUAUGAAAAGAAAGAUAGUAACACAAAUGUAAGGAAGAUAAAAUUUAAAGUCAAGAUAAUAUGAUCCGCGCGGUGGCUUUCUUUUUCUUUUUUUUAUCCGUUUCUUUUUCUUUUUUUUUCUUGCAAAAUAGGAUAUAUUAUGUAAUAUACAUUAUCAAGUAUUCUCUCUCGAAGCGUUGAUGUAUUUGCGUAGCAGCUAUCCGUAGAUUUCGUAGUGCUAUUGUAAAAGAAAAUGAAGAUGACCAUGAUAAUAAUGAUGACGAAGCAUGCUCCCUCGAUGUGUCGAUAAUUAUAUAUAUUAUAUAUAUAUAUAUAUAUACAUAUAAAAAAAAAUUUUACGAAAGAUUAAUAGAUGAUUAGAGAAAAAAAAAGAAAUAUAUCGUAGAUUAUUUCUGACCGUUCAUCGUAUUAUAACAAUCCUCAUAAUGGAUCGGUCAGAAUGUUUUUUUUUUUUUUUUCUUUCCCCCUUUAUUAUUAUAUGAUAUUCGCUAAUGCGAUAAGUGCCAACUUUACACCACUGUGUUUCGACCAUGCCAGGAAAAAUGUUUCAUUAUACGAGUGGCUAUAUUGUUAACAAUUAUUACAGAAUAAUCGAACAUCUUAUUAACUUUGCUAACAUUAACUGCCAUAUAUUUCAUUUAAUGAAGGCCUAGUUAAUCAAAGACAAACUGGUAAAAGAAAAAUAAUUCACACGAUAAUUGGAUGUAUUAAAUCAGUGUUAUCGUGUGAUCAUUCUUCAAUAGCCAAUACAUGAUUUGCAUUUAACUUAUCACGAAUUUCAAAUAAUUUUAACAUUCAAUUUCGUAAUAUUUGUACUGCAUUUAGACAGAUGUUUUUUUUUUACAUUAGUAAUAACUGUAUAUCUUAUAGAUAAAUAUACAUAAAUAUCAUAAUAGUAUCAUAAUAAUAGUGCUACGAAAUUUUCAAUAGGAUAUUUUUAAGAUGAACGAUUGUUCGAAUAUUUGAAAUAUUUCUCAUAAACUAAAGUCGAGCCUCUAA